AUGGACUUCGAGAAACCGAGAAACGGCACCGGCGAUACCGAUGACGAGUAUAUUAAUAUUUAUUUCAUUGUGGGCGAUCGUCGAGAAAUCGCCAGUUUUCGACCCGAUCAAGUUGGCAACUCGGAACUUAAAGAAUUAUUUAGAAGCGCAGCAGAGGCGGGUCCUUUGGACAUCUUGAAACUGCGAAAGGGAGACAAACUCCUAAACAUUUCAACCCAACUGGCAGCCAACACCCCAGACACGCCGUACGUGCUCCAGGUUGUUGGAGCGCACCCAACAUCUUUUGGGAUGAUCGAGGCUGACCUGUUGCAAGCUCUGGAGAGGCGUGUUGCUGCACUGGAACAAGAACUAGGAACACAGCAAGCAAUCGCGUCUUCUGAGCCAGCUCAGGUUCUUCAGGAGCUUAAACUUGAAAUGGAUGCUUUUAAAACAAAACUUGAAACUACUGAGUACCUCAGUUGGCUUGGCUUCAAUAAGCUAAUUCCAGAGCCAGCUUCCUCGGAAGCCUGCAAAAGAUUGCAGUACCGACGCAAGAGUGACAGUGUGAAACGUCAAGUUCGCGAAAAGUUUUUCUUCGUAAGUGAUUCAUCAGUACCAUCAAUCGCCCGGGAAAUGCUCCGCUCUCCAAAAUAUGACACUCAACAAUGGGAAGACGAUGAGCUUUUGCUAAUGUUACAAACGAUGUUCGUGGAGCUGGAGUUACCGCAGAAAUUCAACAUUCCCCUUUCGACGUUGAAGAAUUUUCUGUACGAGGUUUACAAUAAUUACAAUGAGGUGCCGUUUCACAACUUCAGACACUGCUUUUGUGUCGCGCAAAUGAUGUACACGAUAGCGUGGGCAGUGGACCUGCCCUCUAAAAUCGGGCACCUGGAGGUCCUGAUCCUGAUCGUCUCCUGCAUUUGCCACGACCUCGACCAUCCAGGGUACAAUAACAUCUACCAGAUAAACGCGCGGACGGAGCUGGCGUUGAGGUACAACGAUAUCUCGCCGCUGGAGAAUCACCACUGCUCAGUGGCGUUUCGUAUCCUCGAGGCGCCAGAGUGCAAUAUACUCGCGUCCCUCGACGCCACGACGUUUCGCGCAGUACGCGAGGGUAUCAUAAGGUGCAUCCUCGCGACAGAUAUGGCCAGACACAACGAGAUACUCGGGCAAUUCACGGACGUUGUUCAGGAAUUUGAUUAUCAAAACAGGGCGCACAUUAACUUGCUAUCAAUGAUAUUAAUAAAAGUCGCAGACAUUAGCAACGAAGCAAGGCCGAUGAAGGUCGCGGAGCCCUGGCUCGAUCGAUUACUCCAAGAGUUCUUCAAACAAUCAGACGCCGAGAAACUCGAGGGACUUCCAGUAACACCAUUUAUGGAUCGCGAAAAAGUCACUAAACCAUCAUCACAAUGCAGCUUUAUUGGACUUGUUCUCCUUCCACUAUUUGAAGAACUAAUCGUCUCUCCAGUAAAAUACGCACUGGACUAUUACCGACGUCUAAACGAAGCCGCGAAAGACGAGCGACACCACCGAAAAAGUAUCGUCGACCUCGGGGAGUCAAACAUGUCUUCAUCAAACACCGGGUCUUCCAGCGUGAUAAAAUCAACUUCUUCCCACAGUAUGCGCUCGAAGCGUUCAGCAAGCACGAUAAGAUCGCGCUCAAGGUCCAUAGAGGACGACGCGGACAACCUGAUGCUCGAGGAGCUGGAUAACAUCGAGAGCUCCGACCCGGAGACUGCCACCGAGGUCGAGAUCAGCGAAAAGACCCUCAAGUUCAAGAUUUCCACAGAGGGCAACGUCGCGCCCUCCUCCACCGGCCGCAAGAGCUACCCCGGCAGCAGAAAAGGCAGCCGCGAAAAAUCCUCUCUAGACUAUCACAACCAUGAUCUCGCCAAAGCCGUCAGAGAUCACGAGCGCGAGCGCAGGAAAAGCCGCGGGGAGAAUCUCAGCAGCGACAUAAGCUCUCCGGUCAGCGCGAGGUCCGGAGAAGACACCAGAAUUCUGGAAGAGUUCGAGAGAGACGAAAUUUUGUACGUAGACGCCAGGAUGAGCAAAGAAGACAGCAAACUUUCCGAAGAAAACGGAAUAAUUGAGAAGAACAAAUCAAACAAGCGGAUAAGCGUUGAAAUGGCUGCUAGCAAUAUUGGGUCCAGUAGUUCCAGUAGAAUUAAUCGUAAAGACUUAGUAGUUAUGACUGACGCGAAUUUAAGGUGCUGCUGCGACGACAAAUCGGCUUCUAAUAACCACCACAAGUCGCUUUUGUCGCGGCUGAGGAAUUUAACUGACCGUUUAAGUAUCAGCUUUGAUUCAAAGGACCCUCCGAUGACUAAAUCAAAGCAUCACCAUCAUAUCGUCACUAAAACUCUCACUAAAAGUAAUUCUGUAGUGAGCAGUACUGGGACUAGUUCUAAUAGCUCGGUGUUAAUUUGUAAGCGGUGUAAUUUAAUAAAAAGCACUAAAGAGUCAACCAGCAGCAGCUCUGGAGGAAACAGCACAGUCGUUGCGCUAACGAGCAUGGACAAACGGGCAAUGACCCUCCCCAAGACCCGGAAAUCCCACGACGGAAGAACCAAGAGCUGGAGAAUGGUAUUUACUAAGGAAAAAAGACCGUCAGCUUCUCUGGAAGCGCUCCCAGCGCAUGACAGCUGCGAAAGCUCGAUUGUUAAGCACAAAAGAAAUCUUUCUAAUCCGGAGGGGAAGCUUUCGGUCACUAAAAGUAGUAAGGAGGAAAAAAAAUUAAAUUUCAGCGAGAUUAACGUCAGGACUGGAGCUGUCUCCAAUAAGCCGGACAUUGUUGUCCAUCCGGGAAGCUCUUCUAUUGUUGAUGAGGAUAUUGAUAAAGUUGAGAUACGCAGAAGCUCGGCUAGCAUGGAGGAUAUCUCGAAAAUCACCAAGCAGGAACCGACGCUCUUAGGGUCUUUGGAGGACAAAAAUUUGGAGGAGAUGCAGCAUACGGGAAGUCUUGAUUCCAUGCUGUAUAAGGAGUCUACCAAGACUACUAAGAAAGAUUUUGUAUUCGCAAGUCCGUCUACUACUAAGAAAUCUUCGCCGAGCUUGUUUUCAAGGUUCAAGUCCGGGAUGAGCAUUGAUGGGAGAAGCAACAGUGGGUCGCUUAAUGAACAGUCGAACCAACAGUCGCCCAGCUGGAUUUCUUCGUUGACUGCGAGCUUUCGUCCUAAACGACAUGGUGAUAUUGCUGGUCCAACGUCACAUCAGAUGCACUCGCCGACUCAUGAAGAAGUUAAGUGA